AUGCGGGCGGUCGGGCCGCGCCUGGAGGAACCCCCAUCCGUGGAAAAAUCCCUCCCAGGGGGGAACCUCCACAGGGAACACGGGGAGAUCGCGAUCGCGGUGUUCAACGCGUAUCUUUACCCCGAUCUCACCCCCCUCCAACGGCUGCGCGGGGGGUGCGGGAUUUCCCCGCCAGGAGGGGAGGCCGGGAGGCUCCCGCCGCGGCGUCGUCGCCGUGGUGGGGUUUUCAUCGACCUCCGACGUGGAAACGAAUCGCCAGGGUUGCGAUGGGUGAACGAAUUUCUUGAUAUGUCGGAAGGGAGCUCGAUGAUCCCGGUCAGCCUCGCCUUGGGUUCCGAAUCCGACGUGGCGUAUUGGCGAGAAGCGCAACGAAAGGUCCGAGCGCAUCUUCGCGCCGCUCGGGCGUCGUCGUUAACGCGGCGGGAGGGAAUUCAGGUGCGGCUGACGUGGGGCUCCCGCGGUGAAAUCGCGCGGGAGAGGGUGAAUCCGACGCUGAGCGAGCAGCUCCGCGGUUUCUCUUCAAAGGGGAGGGAAUCCGCCACCACGGCUGAUGAUUUCGCGCCGCUGGAAAGCGUAGAUGUUUUUUUUAUGGAUUCCGUCCUCGCCCUUUCUUCUUCCCACGCCAACGAGGCUGGAGUUUCCGGGGAUGAAAAAGCGGAUGGGUCGGAUGAAACCCUUAAAGGAAUGGAGAAGGCGGCAACGCAAGCGAGCUCUCUCACCGCUCCCUCACCUUUUCCCGGGAAGAAAACCGAAGCAUCCGUGGAGGAGAUCACAUUUACAAUAUUUGCCUCUGGAAAGGUGCACUACACCGGUGUUUCCAUUGAAGCGAUGAACGAGGUGAUCAAUCUGGUGAUCAUUCCUUUCUUGCUGUUUAACGCGCAUUUUUAA